CUGCUCUCCUCUGCUAAAUUUACAGCGAACCAGCCCCUGUCGCAAAUCCCUGUAUCGAUCAUUUCUAGAGCACAAGCCACAGCCAAUUGGUCCCUGGCCGCUAAGAAAGGUACAGCCGCGCUUGCAACCGUCGCCAGUUAAUUUCCUUAGACGCCCGCGUUGUGUGGGCGCCAACCGAGCAACGACAUCCAACCGAUUGGUUUCGCAUCUAGACGUUUCAUACUAUUUUUUUCUUCUCUUGUUCUAUCUUGAUAAUCCUGGUAAUAGUUUAUUGCAAGCAUUAUUUUGAGGAUUCCAGACCUACUAUAUCCUUGUUUUCGCUUUGAAUUGACUGUCCCGUCUCUGUGGAUAGCCAACCACCGCUGGGCUGUGAGUCUCGACCCAGACGCGUUGCCUGAGCUAUUGACAUGAUGCUCUUUGACCAUCCAGGCGGCUAUCAAGAUCCCAGUUUCGCAACGUUUCUCUUUCGUGGGAAACAUCUAUUCUCAACCUGGGAUCCUUACCCUUGCCCUGAGCUAUAGGGAUCAUGUUCUAUUGAGUGGUUCUUGGGACAAGUCUGUGCCCCCUUGAGCGCUUCCCCAGACGACGCUGCGACGAACAUGAUCUUGGUGCUCUUGUUUCUAUGCCCACUUCUCAGUCUAAACGCGCCAUAGUGGCUGUAUUAUGCCCAUGUAUGAGCUGCCGCGAUCAGAUAUGCGCGAUACGAUGAGAUGAACUAGCUGAUGCUACGCCAAGCUCCGCGCCAUCUCAACAAUGACAUGCUCUUAGCCGCGCCUCGUCUUUCUCCCCUGUCCUGUCCUGUCCUGAUCGUGCCUUGCAUGCCUGCAUCUUUCUCUUCUUCCCGUCUGCGUUUCGACUCCAUCUGUACGAGGCCAGUUUCCUGGACCGCAAUAUGCUGCCUAACGAUAGGUCCUGGGGUUACCAGGGGAUAUACAAUGCCUCACAUCCCCCGUCCCAGAUCUCAUGUUUCUCUCCAGACUAAAAGAACAAAGUGUUUCGUCCUUCGGGUGCCUGCUUGUCAUCUCUGCUUGAUUGCCGUGCAUUACUUGUGUCUGUCUACCUCACUUGAGUCCUACGAAACACCCCCCACUUGCUUGUGUUCUUGAUUGUCCCUAUCUCGUGCAAUCUCUUCAUUACCACUCGUCCUCCCAUCCGAUCCAAGCUAUACAAUCCGUUCGCUGUCGUGAUCUCUUGGUUGUCAGAGCCUCUGACGAUAAGCUCCUGCGCUCUCGGAUCACAAUUGACACGCAUCACCUGUUUUGUUGUUCGUGAUUCACGAACACCAAGAUGCUGAACUAGAGCAAGCGGUAUACAACCUCUCUCUUUUUUUCCCUUUGUCACCUCUCUCUUCUUCUUCUUCUUCUUCUUCUUCUUCUUCUCUCUUCUCUCUUCUCUUUUUCAUUGAACAAAUACUUUUGUUUCUUUCCUUGUGUUCCCCUCUUUCACUUGAGGUUCAGCAGGACUGACCAAAUUAUCAACACUUUACCUGCGCCGGCGCUCGCUCAGUCUUUCAACAACAUACACUACAACCAAAGUCAGACAGACCACAAUCACCAUUGAUUGCAGAGGUUUAAGGCUCCUUCAUUGACAGUUUGAAGUGUUCGUUAUUGUGUUCGCCAGCUGUCAACCAGUUAACACCACACAAAGCCCUAUUCACUGUUCGCUCGCACACAACAAUUGUUCCCUUUUCAUCAACAAUAACAAUAUCAUCUGCGAAAUUCCAUAGUGACGGGCUUUGACUCUCUUCCGCUCCUUGGUGCAUAAAACGCGACGCAUUCAUUCUCCUCCUCGAAGUUCACUCCUCGUCAACUCUCCUUUCGAAAUAUCAUUUCAAUUUUAUUUCAACACAAGAAAAACAACGACCAACUCGCAAACUGUGGCAACAAAAACCCAUUAAAAACUUUACGAAACAUCAGUAUUCAGAAUGAAAUUCUUCCAUGCCUCUGGCCUCGCUCUUGCGAGUACAACGCUCAUCUCUCCAGCCCUGGCACACUCCUGGGUUGAGUAUGCCUUCAAGCUCGCUCGAAAUGGCACAAUGUUUGGGAAUAUAGGAUAUCCUCGUGGAUAUGUGCCUCGUGACUCUACGAAUCCUCCAUUCACCGACACAAUUCCCCAGAACAUUCUCCCCCAGGCAGGCCAGCCCGCUUACUCUGGUGAAGAAAUCCUCAACAAGUUCCCUCUUGAGAAAAAGCCUCAAUUUCCCAUGCUCGAGGCUGCCCCUGGCGAUUACAUUGCUAUUAUGCAUCUUGAGAAUGGUCACACUACCCUUCCUCACAACCAGCCCAACAAGCCCAGAAACCGCGGCACUAUCUAUUUCUAUGGCACCACUCAGCCCAAAGAACAGGAGAAGCUCUUCGACGUUCAUCUCCUCUGGAACAAGCAAGGCACAGGCGGUGAUAAGCGCGGCAAGCUCCUCGCCACGCGCAACUACGACGAUGGCCAGUGUUAUCAGCCAAACCCUGGUGAACUCAGCACUGAGCGCUCUAGCGAGCUCGCUCCUCAAGGCGCUCUCCCCACCAAGGAACUGGCCUGCCAGUCCGACAUCAAGCUGCCCGACAACCUCAAGACUGGCGACAUCUACACCAUCUACUGGUACUGGGACUGGCCCGACCUGAACAAGGACAAGAUUGAUAUGGAGGCCACCAAGAAUGGCAAAUUCCCUUGGGCUGGUACGUUUAUGCGUGGUGAGAAGGAUCCCAAUGGCUUCACCAUGGAUGCUAUCGCCCGCAACGAGAGUUACUCGAGUGUUAUCGACAUCAAGAUUACUGGACCUGACGCCGAGCCAUUCGCUGCCAAGAACCUACAAACUCUCGAAUGGGUCGACAACCAGAACAUUUACUCUGCUGGUAUCGAGGAUCAGAUGAAGUCUAACUUCCAGGUUGACAUUGAUGGCAACAAGGGUGAUGAUACUAUUCCUUCGUCAAUUGCCAAGCCUACCGCUACUGCGCCCGUUGGUGGAGGCGCUGGCAAUGGUGAUGGCGUCGCUACAGUUACCGUCACAGCGACUGUCAAGCCUUCUCCCAUUAUCAGUACUGUCUAUGUUACCAUGCCCGCUGAGUCCCUUGCUGUGCCCAAGCCUGAGCCUACAGAGGCAGGACCCAGCACCAAGACUAUCACAACAACAGCUUUUGUCACCCGAAGCAAGACUUCCCAUCCAUCCGAUGCUGUACCUACACCACCAACUGCUUCGACUGUCUACGAGACUCUCUACACCACCCGACCCAAGGAACAACCUACUGGUGGUGACCAGCAGCAACAACCUCAGCCCUCCACAGUCAUCAAGACCAUCGUAACACACAUCAACACACCAACCUCCUCGGGGGAAGCCAACACUCCUCCCCAACACACAAUGCCUGGCGGCGAGUUCCGCGAGGAUCCUUCUUCCGCCAGCAGUGGCGCUCCCUCUCAAACACAGAGCGAUGGUCCUCCCAUUCCCACACCAUUCCUCCGCCGCCGCCAAAACUGGGUGUUUGGUAGCUUUUAGGUUACUCAAUAACCCCACUCCUUGACAUAUAUUAUUAUACUGUCAAGGUUCACCAUCCUUCCUUCGUCUCUCAAGUAUAUAUAGACGGCUUCGUGUUCCUCAUCUCCGGGAGAUGCAGGUAUAGGGUUUUAAACACAGCAAAAAGGGGCGCCGGUCGCAUUUCACGGCGUUGGAUAUAUAGAUACCAAUCUGAUUUUACGCGCCUCUCACCUCCCCCUUUUCUCUCAGUGUCUAUGGGCGUUCGAGAAAGGGGAGAAUGAGAAGGUAGGCCAAUUUCUUUCGGCAUGUACACAUGAUUUAAUGCAGCGUUAUGAUUUUGCUUUUGGUUGGGUGCUUUGCCGGUGGGCGAUGGGUACGUGGGAAUCUAAGGAAUCAAAGUUUAAGAUAAAAAUUCCAUAACAGUUCGCAUCGA